AUGUAUAAAUUUCCUUCGGUCCGAACUGGACCUAUGACUGAAUCUUAUACGUAUUACUCACCAACACCAAAAACGCUAUUGAUGACUAAAGAACCAUGCGUUCUUGGUAUCGACGAGGCCGGUCGAGGACCAGUCCUCGGUCCUAUGUGUUUUGGAGUUGCGUACUGUGCCAUCUCCAAAUACGAGACGUUGAUAGACUUGGAAUUCAAAGAUAGUAAAAAAUUAAACGAAAAAACGAGAGAAUCAUUACUUCAACGUAUUAUAACUAAUCAAGAUGAUAUUGGAUGGGGAGUCCAUUGUUUGUCCCCUCAAGACAUUUCAACAAUGACUAUACGAGAUAAUAUAAACCUCAACAAACAAUCUCACUCAUCAACUAUACAACUUAUACGUGAAAUUAUUAAUACCAAUGUAAAUGUUGAAAAAAUUUAUGUUGAUACAGUUGGAUCGCCAGAAAAAUACCAAAAUUUACUUAAAGCACAAUUUCCUCAACAAACAAUAAUCGUUGAAAAGGCUGCUGACGAUAAAUUUCCUAUUGUUAGCGCAGCAAGUAUUUGCGCUAAAAUCACGCGGGAUCAUAUUUUAAGAGACUGGAGCUUUAUUGAAAACGAUUUAACUGAUCCCGACUUGUACGAUUACGGUUCUGGUUAUCCUAAUGAAAAAACCAAGCAAUGGUUAAAAAGAAAUGUCUAUCCCCAUCUUCUCGGUUUUUAUCCUUCGAUUGUAAGAUGGCAUUGGAAACCUGCUAGACAAAUCCUUUAUGACAAAGGCUUGAUUUCCUCUGAUCAAAUUGAUAAUUGUACUUGGCCUGGAAUUGAAGAUUCUACUGAUCAGUCAACAUCAAAGAAAAUUAAAAGUUCUAAUACAGAUAUCGGUACAAAGAAUAAAACAGGUCGCAAGAAAACAACCAGAGGAAAAGAAAAAAAAGUAAUUGAAAAAGACCCAUCUAAUCAUUCAAUCAAAAAAUAUUUGACGAGAAAGUGCAAGGAAACCUCCUAA